AUGAGCACGCCAGGAGUGCUCAUAUCAACUUCAGUUACGCCCACGACUAUGUCAGCACCAAUUCCAGAGGCAGCCCCUUCAAGCGGGUCAAGACCCCCACGUUCAUCGAGACCGAGACGCCGAGGGCGGGGUGCUACAAAUCGCGAUGGGCAGCAACAACCCGCCGCCACAAAUGAGACCCAAACUCAAGGUGCGGCUCAAUCGCAGCCAGCACAGCCUCAGCCGUCCUCAAAUUCAAAUGCUCAGCCUGGUCAAUCCAACGACCAGCGCGCACCGCGAGGAGGGAAAACGAGAGAAGGAAGAGGGAAGAGACAAAGGAAUAAUGGAACUCCACGACGAGGCCAGGGUCAAAAUGAAAAUAUUGAAGGACAAGACGCACGGCCUGAGCCGCGAACUCGCGGUAUGAGGGCGCGGGGUUUUGAGGCUCAAUUGACUCGGCCAGACCAGGCGUCUGGUGAUACAGCUUUCGGCGGGGCGGGGCAGCAUGAUAACUCUUUAAGAGCCGAUGUGCCAGCCUUUGUCCCAGGGAUGCCUCCUACUCAAUCUGGACAUCCUUCGGAGUCAGCACCAUCUGUAAAAGGGAAGGGGAAGGCUAGACAGCCCAGGGCACCACCGCAACCACCGAAGGUUACGACUAAGUCCAUAGCCCCCGAUCUGGCUACCCGAAUCCACGAAGACAUUUCACACAAUCUAUACGAAUGUCCCAUCUGCUGCAGCGAGCUGGGUCGCAGAUCUCGAGUUUGGUCUUGUGAACUGUGCUGGACCGUCUUCCAUUUGAGUUGUGUGAAGAAAUGGUCUAAGAAUGAAGGCGCCUCGGCGCAGAGGACUUCAACACUGGAGGACGGACAAGAAAGUUCCGUUCCCCGUGCCUGGCGCUGUCCUGGUUGCAAUCUUUCACAUCAGAACUUCCCUUCCAAUUACUCUUGUUGGUGUGAGAAGGAAGUCGACCCUAGACCGCUCCCUGGUCUACCCCCACACUCUUGUGGCCAGACUUGCUCGAGGCCUCGCAAAGGUUGCCCUCAUCCUUGUGACACGACCUGUCAUGCUGGCCCGUGUGCACCCUGCACUGCCAUGGGACCGACACAGGAUUGUUUCUGUGGUCUGAACUCGUCAACAAAGCGAUGCCAGGAUACAGACUAUGAGAAUGGAUGGAGCUGUGGUGAGAUUUGCGGUGAGCUUCUUCCGUGUGGAGAACAUACCUGUCCACUGCCCUGCCAUGAGGGUCUGUGUGGAGGCUGUGAAGUCGACAUCGAGGCUCGCUGCUAUUGUGGAAAAUUGCAGACAGAAAUGCUGUGCAAGUCCACAGAUGACGAAAAAGACAGUCGAAUCAUUCACGAGGAUGGCUCUGACGAGGAAUGGACCGGCUGCUUUGGUUGCGGGGAGACUUGCAACCGUCCUUUGGACUGUGGCAAACAUACUUGUAAAAAGGAUUGUCAUCCUCAAGAGGCGCACCCUGCUCACUGUCCACGGUCACCAGAUGUCGUUCUGGACUGCGCCUGUGGAAAGACGCCACUGUCUGAGAUCCCCGGGUACACACCUCGAACCUCUUGUGAAGAUCCUAUCCUGAAUUGCCAAAAGCCAUGUGGCAAGAGCCUACCUUGCGGCCAUCCUUGCGAAAAGCUGUGUCACAUCGGUCCUUGUGGCGCUUGUUUGCGUCAAGUCCACAUUAAAUGCCAAUGUGGUCGUACUGACAAUCAGACCAUCUGCCACCAAGGCUCUAUUGAGCCUCCCAUGUGUCCGCGCCAGUGUAAGGCGAAUCUGCACUGUGGUCGUCACACGUGCACUGACCGAUGCUGCCCUGGAGAGCAAAGAGCGAACGAGCGCCAGGCUGCGCGUCGCAAGCUCAGACCUCAUCUCCGCCCUGCUGAGGAGGAUAUUGAGGCAGAGCACAUCUGCACUCGUGUGUGUGGUCGAACGCUGAAAUGCGAAAGACACACAUGUCCAGAGCUUUGUCACAAGGGUGCUUGUAAUACCUGCAGAGAGGCGGUGUUUGAGGAGAUCGCGUGUAAUUGCGGAAGAUCUGUACUCUAUCCACCUCAACCAUGUGGCGCGAAGCCACCACCUUGUCGUUUCCCCUGUGAACGUCCAAAGCGAUGUGGUCACCCUCAGCCUGCCCAUAAUUGCCACACGGACGAAGAGAGUUGUCCCAAGUGUCCGUUCCUAACGGAAAAACCGUGCUUAUGCGGUAAGCGUGUCUUGAAGAAUGUUCCUUGUUGGCUCGCAGAUGCGCGCUGUGGACAGGUUUGUGGACAACCGCUCAAAUGCGGCUCUCACUUCUGCAGGAAAGACUGUCAUCGCCCGGAGGAUUGCGAGGACGCAACUAAACCUUGCACUCAGGCUUGUGGAAAGAACAAGUCCAUCUGCGGCCAUCCUUGCACUGAGCAGUGCCAUGCCCCUUAUGCGUGUCCCGAGAAGACACCAUGCUCGUCCAAGCUCGCUGUGACAUGCGGCUGCGGACGACUCCGGCAGGAAAGGCGUUGCAAUGCCGCCAAAGCUGUAACAUUCAAGGGUCAGGUGCAGUCGCCUCAGCGCAACCCUGAGCUGACUCCUCUGACUUGUGAUGACGAAUGCACUCGUCUGGAGCGGAAUCGCUCCCUGGCAGGUGCUCUUGGCAUUGACAUCAACCAAGCCACCACAGCACAGACUAUUACAGCCGAGAAUCUCCCAUAUUCAGAGGAAACUCUCAACCAGUAUAUUAAACUCGCAGCAUCCGCUCCUCUCUCAACAUUGCAAACAUACGAAACAAACCUGCACUCCCUUGCCACAGCAGACACUUCCACCCGCUCCUUCCGCUUCCAGCCCGCAAAGCCUACUCUGCGGGCCUUUGCACAUUCCCUCGCUGCAGACUGGGGCUUCGUGACAGAGAGUCACGACCCAGAACCACACCGUCACGUCUUUGUCCUCAAGCCUGUCGUCUGGACGCCACCUCUUUUCGGCACAGGAAGUGGAUCGUCAAUUGGAAUCGGCGGCAUGAGCGUGCGUGAAGGCGUCAAGCUGCGCGAGCGCGAGCGUACAAAGGAGCAGGAAGCUCGUCGUGUCGCCGCUAUUGAAGCAAAGGCUGCGCGCGAAUCUGCCAAAGCCCAGGCCAGUAGUGGGGACGGCGGAUGGGCCCAGGUUGCCUCCAAGAGUCGAGGUGGAAGUGGUGCCAGCACGAGAAGCGGCACGCCUGUUCAAACCCCUUGGGUGAGCAAGUCUAUAUAUGCUGCUCUUGACGGUGAUGGGGCGAAGAAGGAACGUCUUGUUCUUCGCUCUGGAGUUGGGGCUGGAAAGUCUUUGCGCGCGAAGACUCCUCCCGUUGAGGUUGUUGAUAAUUGGGAGGAUGCUGAAGAGGCAGAGGAGAAAGAAGAGAAGCAGGUCGAAGGUGAUCAGCUUCUGGAGCAGGAGAACCUCGUUGAGGACCCUGGGGACCAUGUGGGAACCGAGCCUGUGGCUGACCCUGAGUCCCAGCCGCAAGGUCAGUCAGAAGAUCAGUCUGCUCCGACUGAGGUUUCUACGGAGAACGUCGAGGCUUAG